CAACGGGUCACGAUGGAGAAAAAGCACAUGCAUGUUCAACACAGCAGACUUUCCAACUCUGCUUCUUUAAGAAACUGCAGAGGUUCAGAGAGUCGUUUCCAUCUGAGUGUCAUUCUGUUCUUUGGAGUGUUCAGUAUCUGCCUGCUCAUCGGACUGCUGGUCGCCAAYGCUCAGUACAACGACGCCAAACGGCGACUGACUGAGGAUCUCCAGGCCUUGAACAAAUCCCAUGCCUCCAAAAUCUCAGAAAUAAACCAGCUGAAUAAAAUACUUGGUGAGAAAUCUGCAGAACUAAGCAGAGCUCUGUCUGCACAGAAUAAUGACUCCAAAUGUCAUUCAAAUGUUGAACUCCAGAAUGAUCUGACUGAUCGUCUCCUCGCCUGCAAUGAAUCACUUUUCAACUUAACCAAACAAAGAGACGAGCUGAACGUCCGGCUUGAAGAGGAAAGCGGUGAUGAAGGAUUGUCUCUGCAGAGUAAGACUCUGUGUUUUUUGACAGAAGAAAAUGAUCUCCCUGCACUCUUAGUCAAUCUGACUGCGUGUCGUCAAGAAAACGCAACGUGUCCUGACAGUUGGUUGAAGUUCAAUUGUUCUUGUUACCAAAUCUCUGGUGAAGGUUCCUGGGAYGAAGGCAGAGCGAACUGCAUAAGAAAAGGAGGAGAUCUGGUGGUGAUAAAUAAUGCUGAGGAGCAGAAUUUUCUUUCUGAAUUCAASAAGGAGGCUUGGAUUGGUUUGAGCGACAGAGAAACUGAGGGAUCCUGGCUGUGGGUUGAUGGAACCGCUAUGAAUUUCACAUCCUGGAGCUUCAAUCAGCCUGAUAACUUUGAUGGAGGCCCAACAUGGGGUGAUGAGGACUGUGCACAUAUCACAUCGUAUGCCGGUGCACCUUGGAAUGAUCUUCCAUGUGAUGCUAACAGAUGGUGGAUUUGUGAAAAAAAACCAACAAUGUUUGCUCCAUAA